AUGCAGUUCUCACUCGCCAUCGCCGCCUCUGUGCUGGCUUCCACUGCCUCUGCCGUCAUCACUGGCACCAACCAAAACGGCUCCAUCUUCAUGUUCGGAAACCCAGCUCCCGCUCGCAACCUCCUCUACAACUACGGUGCUUGCGGUCUCAGCACCUACUUCCCUGGCAAGGUCCCCGCCAGCAUGCCCCUUGUUGCCAUGCCCGCCGGUGUCUUCGACAAGUACGGCUCUGCUCAGCACAACACUCUCUGCGGCAAGAUCAUUACCAUCUCUCGCAACGGCGUUACUCGCCAGGCUGCUAUUGCAGACCGCAACCUUAGCGCCGACAACUCCAUCGACAUGACUCUUGAUCUGUGGCAGGCUUUCGGUGGACACGACAACGACGGCAGCCUUAUCAGGGGCUUCAGCUGGUCCAUUGCCAACUAA